CUUCCCCGCCCACUUUUAUCGAUGGCACUUAACCGGUAAACCUCACUCCAGGUUGAACAGUAAAAUUAUUUGGAGCAUUUUCGGCUAUUUUCACCAUACCAACGCGUGGAAUAUAUUCGUAAGAAGAUGCAUAGACAUUGAAGCUCCAUUUUUAGUAAUAACUAAUAAUUUUCUUUACACUAUCACUGCACAAAAUUGUUCCCUGCCUCUCCCAUAGAAGUCUUUGUAAUUAGUGAUGUUAUUUCCCGAUCUGACAGCUAUUGUCUUGUGUACGAAUCAAAUCUCAUUAUUCAUCCUCAAUGCUUGCUGGGGUGGUCGAACCAUCAAAUCACUCAGGGUUAUUUCUUCUACACACGUGCCCUUCUCCUCACCGAAGCUGCUAUCAUAAAGAACUCGCUCUCUAGUACAGCAGUUUGUUAGUGCAGUCAUGGCUAGACCAAAGGUUUAUUUCGAUAUUUCCAUUGAUGGAGCGCCAGCCGGACGUAUUGUGUUUGAGGUUUGUGGAACAAACUAGGCGUUGACUAUGUGAGCGUUUAACACGCGACGACUAAAUCCGACGAUAAUAGCGAAAGAGAAAAUUGACAGGAAACCGGAAAAAGCAUCGUUUGAAAUAUCUUAAUCAGAAUUCUGCGUCGAAAAAGCAUGGAAACUUUCUAAUUGAAGAAUCAAUGCUCCUUAUCUUUUGUCAACGUAAGGCCAGACGAAUUAUAUAUGCUGAUGAUAGGUUCAGCUGUUUUGCUCAACUCUUUAAUCUAUUGCACCUCACGGACUGAGGAGUUGCCACAGCGAGAUAUAUACAUAUAUAGAUCGAUCUACGAUAUUUUAACUUGUAUAUCUUCUAACAUGAGUACAAUUACUUUACAUCUUUGCCUUGCAGCUUAGAGCCGAUGUAGUUCCGAAGACUGCAGGUAUGUUAUUACAACAACUAGUUUGAACACCUUCAGGUAGAAUUUUGUUCUUUCAUUCUCGAGGGGCGCUUGAAAUCCGAAGGAAGGCGCGAGAUGAAGAGUUUGUUCAGCCGCAAACCAAGGACGUUCUGCAAAUGAUCUAAAUCGCCAAUUUAACACCUUUUCAUGCAAUAAAUUGUUUAAAAAAACCCAGGGCUUUCUUAUUUGGCGUUUGAUAGUACAAUAUGGUUUUUACAAAUAGUUGUGAACCUCGUUUAGCACAGAGGAUUGGAAAACUUUAUGAAAACUCUCUACCUCCCUCUCUCUCUCUCUUUGGGAACUCGGUAACUUUACAUGUGUUUACCAACCUGUUGAUCGUUGAGGGUACCUUCGGUGAAGCACACCGUAAAAUUGUUUUUGUAUUGGCCACAGGACACGCACACAAGUAAUGACACCGCCUGAAUAUUUGAAAUUGAGAGGAAAUUUACGGUAAUAUCCAAAAGCAUUUUAUUAUACACUUACUGAGAGAAGAAGAACCCUGAUAACUUGCAAUAGGUGGUAGUGUUGAUCUUUAACAAUUGCUGGGAUCUCCUGUUGGAGUAACAAAGAAGUGGAUUGUUAAAACUAACUAAUCAUCUCCAUUUUUCAGAGAACUUCCGUGCUUUGUGUACUGGAGAGAAAGGGUUUGGCUUCAAGGAGAGUAAAUUUCAUCGUAUUAUUCCAGGCUUCAUGUGCCAGGUUAGUUUUUCCUAGAGAAACAAAUUUUUAAUUUCUGUCUUUAUUCAAGGGCUCCGCUUUGGCAAUUUAGCUUAACCCUCUACACUCUAAGCAUCAGUAAGCAUAUUCUCCAUACUGUUCAGCACUCCUUUCCUAAGGUGCUGAAAAGGAGAUUUUAUUUAACAAUGAAGAGCUUCUUUGGUUGGUGAUCAUUUCCUUUAUUCUCGUGACCUCAAUAUGUGAUACAGGGGAGAUGUUGUAAGGAGAAAUUAGACCCCUAAGAUCACUCCAAGGGGUCAAAUAGUUUAAACCUUUAACUCCUAUGAGUGACCAAGACAGAAUUUCUCCUUACAAUAUCAACACAAUAUCCAGCAGACAAGUGAUGAGAAUAAAUAAAAAUAUUAAUUAGGGAAUUAUUAGUUGAUGCAAUACCAAAUUCUCAAAACUAAUAUCACAAGAACUAUUUGGCAAACAGUAAGGACAAUUACUAAGGAGAUCUUGGGAGUUAAAGGGUUAAAGAUCUCAUUCUGUCAAAAAUUCCUGUGAAGUCUCCAAAAGCAUCAAAACUCUGGCUCCAUUUUCAAAGUGUAUUCCUUUUUGUCAUUUUGUCCUUAAAUCUCCUAGGGUGGAGAUUUCACCAAAGGAAAUGGAACUGGGGGCAAGUCCAUUUACGGUGAAAAAUUUGCAGAUGAAAAUUUUUCACUGAAACACACUGGUGAAGGUUAGUUAUGGUGUUACCUUGUGAAGAUAAUUUUUUCAAUUUUAAAAGUUUAUGUUUAAUAAAGUUACUGCUUUUGUCAUUACUUAAGUCAACCAUCUCCAGCAAUCAUUCUUUAAGUGACCACUUCAUUGAAACAACUACUUUGUAAAUACUGUUUAAUUCUUUUUCCCCUUUAAUCUUCAUUAGAUUUAUUUGUUGCAAGAAUAGGGCAAAAUGUAAUUUCCAUUGAUACUUCAUAAGCAUUUGUAUGGUAUUAACCCGUGUAUAAUAUGCACUCUAUUUCUAUAAAAAUUACCAUCAAAGUUUCAGUGUGUAUUAUGCACAGAUUCUACUGUUUGUCAGGUGUGUUUUAAUUUGCAUACGUUAAAAACACAACCAAAAAAGUAACAAAAGCUUGGUAAUAAUUGGUCUUUAUUAGCUUAAGUUUAAUAAUCUACCAGUGAAACAUUUUCAAUUUCGAUCCAUGAAAAGAUUUAGUGGAGUAUUUAGCAAACAGCUGACAAGAUAAACAUCAUGAUCACACUGUAUUACUUUCAUCACAAGCAAUCAGAAAUUCAGUAUGGAAACAAAACUUACCAUGGCUGAACAUUAAAGCUACACAGUGUCUGAAAAGCUCAGAAUUAUCCAGUUUGCAGAGCAAAAUGGAAACUGUGCUGCUGAAUGAGAAUUUGGAGUCUUGGAAUGUUUAGUCAGGUUGUGAUGAAAAAGUAAAGAGAACUUGGAAAAUAUGCCUUGGCUCAAACAGGCAAACCAUGGUAAGAAAGCUGCAUGGCUUGAGUUGGAAAUGAAUAUAUUAGCCUGGAUUACAUUUUGCUGUGAAAACUUUUUUUUCUGAAAAAUUUGUUUAAAAACAAGGGGUGUAUUAUACAUAGGCGCAUAUUAUACACAGGUAAAUACUGUAAACAGGCACUCAUGACGAAUAGCACAUUCUUCAGUUGUCAGAUGGAAAAAAUGGAUCUUUGAAAUGUUUUAUUUAAAAGGUGUUUGCCUCACAGCCAAAUAUGAGAAUGCAAAUGUUUAAGAUACUCUUUUACUGGAGGAAUUUACUGGAGGAACACAUAAAGAAUAUAUAUACAUUUAUUUUCAGGGAGCUUAAAAAACUUCCAUGCUCUCUGAACGAGCUCUGAGUAUGCUAACCAAACUUGCUCUCCUUUUUAACCCAAUUUAUUUAUCCUUGAGGUUCAAACCUCGGCAAAGACAAUUAAGUUAAGUUUCUUCAUGGAAUGCAUGCAUUAGGUCUGGUUAUUUGAAGCACUGGCUUAAAACAUUUCACAGAGUGAUAAUUAACAAAGAACAUAAUUAGUAAUUAGUAACCAUUAAUUAGCCUUUCUCUAGAUCUAGGCAAUUCAGAAAGCCACAAAAUUCUAUAACAAAAAUUUUUUCUUUCAAAUCAACACUCUCAAUCCCCAUUGUAUCAACAAGUGCUUUUCAUUCAAAUAAUUUAUUCUUGUUUUUUCACACAAGCCACAAUUCCUCCAAUCGCUCUGACAAAGGGCUACUGAUCAAAAUGUCAGCUUUUAAACUCUUUACAGUGGCCAAUUUACAUUAUCAACUCAGUUGACAAUACUAAAUUACCCUGUUAUACUCUCCCACCAAUGCAGCACCAUAGUUUCUCAGAAACUUACUCUUUUCAUGCAUAAUUAAUUGUUUGCCUGUGAAAAGCCUAAUCUUUGUUGCAUCUUUGACCAAGAUCCAGAUAACAGUUAUAUUCAUUCAUUGUUAGUCUUACAUUGUAUGCUUUUUUUCUAUAACUCGAACCCUGCCAAAAGAGCAGUUUUAAAUCAAGCUUGGAAAGAAAUCCAUGAUAACUUUGGUCUGUGAUUGGUCCAGGAAACUUGCUGAUCUCAACCUAAACAGUAUAGCCUCUAUUCACUCUUUCCUGUAUACUUUUCUUUCUUUUAGGAAUUCUAUCCAUGGCAAAUGCUGGUCCAAACACAAAUGGGUCUCAGUUCUUCAUUUGCACGGCAAAAACCGCUCAUUUGGAUGGGAAGCAUGUGGUGUUUGGAAGUGUGGUGGAGGGAAUGGAUGUUGUAAAGAAAAUGGAGGAUGUUGGUUCCCGUUCAGGCAAAACUAGCAAGACAGUGGUCAUCGCUAAUUGUGGUCAGCUGUCAUGA